AUGCGAUCCAGCUUAACACGCAAUGUUUUCAGAGCGAUUGUUGCUAACGAGCCAUAUUGCAUUACCACAUGCUCUAGGAAACUCCCCAGAUGGCGAAGUCGAGCAUUGACGGCGCCCACAGUAUCCUCUCCGCAAUGCCGCUCACUCUUCGGUCUGUCUCCUCAGCUACCGGUUAGUGCUGUUACCAACAGCAAGAGCACAUCCUUGCAUGCCGAACGAGCAGCAGACGUCUUGGUCCGCCUCGUCCAAGCUCAAAGGGACCAGACGCGGCUGCCACCUAUGAAAGAAAUUGCUCGGGCUUUCAAUACCAUACUGCAAUACCGAUAUCAAGCUAGGACACGUCUUUCGAGAAGUGAUAUCUACUUACUUACGGAGGGAUUUUCGUAUCUACAGGAGCACAAAUUCAAUGAGGAGACGGACACGGAUCUGCAAGUACUUUUGUCUGAAGCGGAUCUCCAGCAAGGGCUGUCGGCUCUCGCAUCAUCAUUGGGGAAGGACAAGUUCAGGAGCGAUGCUAAGGCGCUGGCUUUCAUGCUGUUCUCUGAGCUUCGUCAGAGAACAGAAGCACCAGGGAAUGCUGGCCAAGCACCUACACCUCCGGAUCCGGCCGCGACAGAAACGUACAUUACAGUACUUUCUUCGACUGGCGGUGCUAGGGAAGCAUGGGACAUCUUGAGGAACUCUUCAGAAGGUGAUGUUCAGAAGAAUUGGUUGGAGGUGAUCAAAGGUUUGUGCAACGAGGGGCUGGGGCAAGAUAUCUGGAAGGCUUUCGAUGAGAUGAGAGCUCAUACUGGUGAUUUGAGUGUCGACGCUCACAAGCUUCUAACGAUCUACUUCGCAAAGCAUGCUAGUCUCCAUGCAACAAAGAGGAUCUACGAGCAAGCUAUACUUGGGAAUGGGUCCCCUUCUGUCGAAGCCCAGGUUGAGAUGGUGAGAGUCUGCAUUCGCAACAAAGACUUAAGCUGGGCCGAACCAAUCCUGGCAAAUCUUCGAGCCAUAUCGCAUGAUCCUCGGGUCUGGGACGUUAUCCUUGUCUCUUCUGCAGCUCAGGGGGCCGAUGCGAACGAAGUUGCCGCUCUGAUAAGCAGCCUAGCUGAGGCGGCUGCCGAAAAUGAUAUUACCGGUCCAACAAUGGCUAAUAUCAAUUGUCUGGUCGAGUACGCGUUCUCUGUUGGUAACGUCGGGGCCGUCCGCGACUACAAAACAAUAGCUAAACAACAAGGCCUACAACCUGACUCAAAGACAUUCUUACUGCAGCUUGACUAUGAGGUCAGAAUUGGUGAUCUGGACAAAGCAGCAUCAACAUAUAAUGUUUUGUCGUCGGAAGACCCAAUCGAGGAUGGAUCAGAUGUGCCGAUCCUGGACAAGUUCCUGCAGGCGCUCUGUUUCUCACCAAUUCCUAAUUAUGAACUUAGCACCCGGAUAGCAGAUUCGCUCCUAGAACGAGAUGUGUAUCUUGACGCUGAAACCAUCAGCGGGCUUUGCAAACUCUAUCUCCAGCGUGAAGAGCCAGAGGAAGCGCUUGGGCUGCUUGGACAAAGAAUGGAUUCAUACCCCCGCAACGAUCGCGCUCGCAUUUUACAAACUUUUAAGGAAUUCAUCAUAGAUGAAAGGGUAACGGACCAACGUGCAUUCAAUGCAUACGAACUCUUUCGCGCGAUCUUCCCAGAAACUCCCGUCAACGACCGCCUUCCGAUCAUGCACUCCUUCUUCAAACGCAAGCGGCCCGACCUCGCCUGCCUUGUCUUCGGCCAUAUGAGACAGCGCGAAGACCCAGCGGCUCGUCCGACACCCGAAGCUUAUGGUCAAUGUUUUGAAGGCAUUGCAAAGUGUCAAGAUGUUGACGGGUUGCAGAUGGUUUAUAAUAUGUUGAAGCUCGACCUGUUAGUUGAGCCUACCACACGGAUUCGAAAUGGGCUCAUGGCAGCCUAUAUCGCAUGUGGGCAGCCUUACACAGCCGUCAUUGACCACUUUUGGAAGAUCAUGACUUCGCUUGAAGGACCGACCAUGAGCUCUUUUGCUCUUGCAUUACGAGCGUGCGAGACAUGGAUUCCUCACGGAGCCACAGAGGCAAGGAGGAUUAUUGCCAUGAUACAAGCUUGGGAUCUCGAGGUCACAAAGGAAAUCUAUGAUUGUUAUAUUGGCGCGAUUGCUGGCCAAUGCGAGUUCGAGAACACGAUCGAGCUGAUAGAAGAGAUGGAAAACGAUAUUGGGGUGCCGCCUGAUGCAUUCACUAUCGGAACAUUCUAUAACGCCAUUCCAUGGCAAUACCGCAAGGACGAAGUUGAAACCUGGGCCAAGCAGGCAUACCCUGAGCUGUGGGAUGAAGUUCUCACAUACGAGGAAGAGAUUGAUGAAGAAUUUGAAAUACGCUACUUCAAGAUCGAUCGAACUAUAGACACCACGGAUCCGCCUCUGUAUAAGGAAGGCGAAUAUGAUCCGCAGAUUGCGCAAGCGUCGCUGAUGCUGCUGGAGACACCUGCCUCAUAA